AUGUUUCUAGAUCUGCAAUUCUGUCUCCUCCCUUUCACUGUUCCAACUUUUUACACAGCUGCAAAGUGGAGAGCAGCCAAGAAGGCGACACAUGCCAUUUCCCAAGUUUUACAGCUUCUGUAUAAUGACAUUCUUCCUGCCACUGAUCAGUUCAUUUAUCUGGGUGUCCCCUGUGCCAAUAAGGGUAUUUCUUCCAAGUCCAUUGCCACACAUAGACGUUCUGGUACACUUGUUACAAUGGUGACACUAAACUCAGUUGGGGCUUGUCGUUCUGGUUUUUCUCUGCUGCCCAGCUCACAAUUGGGGCAUGUUGCGUCCUCCACAACUGUAUUGAAGUACAUCUGCAAUCUACCAAUGCCUCCUAUCUCUUUUACACCAUCAUCAUUCUAUUUAUUCUUCACUUGUCUUCUUGGGAAAAACCAAUCUUCUGUCAAAUCUCCCUUCAACACUCAAACUUCGAAGCCCUACUGCACACUAUUUGAACAGUUGCCUCAAUCAGACCAUGACCAGAUACACCACAUUGAUUUUGCCAUUACAUCCUUAUCUUUGUCAUCUCAAGAAUCACGACCUCCCUACUGGAUAUCACUGCUGACUAUUCUCUGGCACAUAGACGUUAUAUGUAAUGCUGAUAGUGACUAUUCACAUGAAACUGAACAUGCUGCAAAGUGGAGAGCAGAUUCAGCCAUUGAAGCUACAGAAACAAUUUCAGCUGAUUCCAACAACUUUUCAUUUUUGCAAUCUCAAAUGUCAACAUUGCUGCCAUCCUCUGUCAUGCAGGGAAUGUUGCCCAAUCUCGCCUCAUUUCUGGGGAACAUGCAAGCCCAAUCCAUAUCUCAAUUAGCAUCUCAGGGCAAUUGCCCAAUUGCAACAAAUGCACCAACAUCAACUGCACCAAGCACACCCAAGAAACCUGACACUGAGGCUUCUACAUGGGCUACUACUGCUGCUGCUGCUCACAACUCUAUUGUUGUUUCUACUGUUCUUUCUGUCUGCAAGCACUAUGGCUAA